CAACAGUUCAAAAUGGAUGUGAUUUUAAGUAAUACCGUCGUGUCCCCGUCCGGUAAUGUGGUAGCUACUAAUGGUGGUGGCAGCAGCAGCACUGGCGCUGUUUUGCCGCCAUCCGCGGCCCGCUCGCUGCGAGUACGCACAUCGAGCCAAAGUGGAAAAUAUAACGAAAGCACCGUUCUCAGCGAGAUCCAGCUCUGUCCCAGUGUGAUGUCCGAAGAUACCAAGAAGAUGCUUCCGCCGACUACGGAAACCAUCCAGACUAAACCAUUCCCGAUAAGAGGUGAGAGGGCCAACUAUGUAAACAGUCCACAUGUCAUUGCCAUGGUAGGGUUACCAGCCCGGGGCAAAACAUACAUCUCCAAGAAGCUCUCGCGCUAUCUGAACUGGAUCGGCAUCAACACGAAGGUGUUCAACCUGGGCGAGUAUCGGAGACAUGCAACGGACGCAUACCGGAGCCAUGAGUUCUUCCGGCCCGACAACGAGGCGGCUAUGGCCAUCCGACAGCACUGCGCCGAAAUGGCACUCGAGGAUGUCUGCCAGUGGCUUGAGAAUGGGGGAGAAGUGGCGGUGUUUGAUGCAACGAAUUCAACCCGCGAAAGACGGCGGAUGAUCCGUGAAAUCAUCGUACACAAAAUGGGCUAUAAGCUGUUCUUCGUGGAGUCUAUUUGCGAUGAUCCGCAGAUCAUCGAGCAGAAUAUUAUGAUGAAGCUCAGCUUUAUGGAGCACUUACCGUCUCCGCUGGUGGUGUCUGAUGUUUCCGAGGAAGUGAAAGUCAGCAGCCCGGACUACCGCAACAUGAACAUGGACGAGGCGCUGUCCGACUUUCGACUGCGCAUUGAGCACUACCAGGAGCGCUACGAGCUGCUGGACGAGGACAUCGAGAAGGACCUGUCGUACAUGAAGAUCUACGACACCGGCGAGAAGGUGGUGGUCCACAAGCACGAGGGACACAUCCAGUCGCGGAUUGUGUACUACCUGAUGAACAUUCACAUCACGCCUAGGACAAUCUAUCUGACGCGGCACGGUGAGAGUGAUCACAAUCUAGAAGGACUAAUCGGCGGUGAUUCGAAUCUGAGCGAUCGCGGACGUCGGUACGCGCGGGCCUUGGCAAAAUACAUCGAAGAGCAGCACAUUGAGGGUUUGCGAGUCUGGACCUCGUGGCUGAAGCGCACAAUCCAAACGGUGGCCGAUGUUAACGCACCCCAGGAGCGCUGGAAGGCACUCAAUGAAAUCGACGCCGGUAUCUGCGAGGAAAUGACCUACGAAAACAUCCAGGCAAAGUUCCCGGAAGAGUUCAAAGCACGGGACCAGAACAAGUUUGCCUACCGCUACCCUCGGGGUGAGAGUUAUGAGGAUUUGGUCGUCCGAUUGGAGCCGGUCAUGAUGGAACUGGAACGACAGGGUAAUGUGCUGGUCGUGUCCCACCAGGCUGUUCUUCGGUGCGUUCUGGCGUACUUCUUGGACAAGACGGCAGAUGAACUUCCCUACUUGAAAGUACCCCUGCAUACGAUCAUCAAACUGACUCCGGUCGCCUACGGAUGCAAGGUGGAACACAUUAAGCUCCCCAUUGACGCGGUCGAUACACAUCGUGCGAAGCCGGAGGUACCCGGUUCGUUGGAUACCAAGUUUGUCACCCAAAAACACGAGGAGACGACACUAGAUUGAACUACCCAUUGAACUCCACUCCAUUCUCCUCAAGGAAUAUGUUUCAUCGUAGCUGGCCAUGACCAGAAGCAUUUCCCCACUCUCCCACCCCUCCGACUGACAGCAACAACACAACAACAACAAACGCAUGUGUCUGUUCCUCCAUCUUUGUUCAAUGUGCGUAAGUAAACAAUAAAAGAGGGAGAGAGAGAGAGAGAAAGAGCAAACCACUUUCGAAUGUGAUUAUGUUGAAAUGCAUUUGAAUAUGAGACUCGCGCUCUUGGCAUCAGCAUCUUAUUAGUUGGUUUUUCAAAUUUUUAUCACUUUUCAUGUUGCAUUUUACUAGUUAGCGAUAGACCUACUCUACAAGAGACUUAAUCUUAGCCGUAUAAUCUACACGAUGUACUGAGAGAAUAGCGAAAGCAAACUAAGAGAAACAAUAGAAAUCACUGUGGUGAACGUUUUGAUAUAUAGCUGUAUUAUAUCGAUUCCAACUUUUUGUAUACAACACUAAACGGCACGAAGCGAACGAAUGUCUAUCUAGUAGAAGAAGAAAAGAAGAAAAACGAGAAAGAGAACGCUAAACGAGGCACGACCAUUAUAAUAGGUGUUUAAACAUAGUUUUUGUGAGUCAGCAGCCCAGCAGCGAAGAAUAAAUAUGAAAUAUACACAACUCGAACAAUAUCCCGGAGAUUAAAUCUCUGGCUAAAUGUG